CAUACUUUUAUGCAAUAAAUUGAUAAAAUCCUUCUUGAUAUUACAAUUUAAUUUAAAUAUUGUACGGUUUAUAAGAAUUUCAUUAUAUAUUUACUAUAGUGUUUAGGCUUCUUAAGUAACAGAGUGAGACGAUAAAGAGAUAAAAAUAUUGACCGACUUAAGACUCGUUCGCCACGUGGUUUCCAUAUAAAAUAGAGUCCAAAUUAUUUCUUUAGCACUUCACUCCAUUCUCUUCUCUCUAUCUCUCUCAAGCGAUAGACUCUGAAACAUCUCUCAAGAUUUCUGAUCGAAACUCGAAGAAAGAAGACACAACACGUAAAAGAUUCGUCUGAUUAUGGCUCUCGAAGCGAUGAAUUGUCCGACGAAUUCUUCUUCGUUCACAGCACGGGAAGAUAGAAACGAACCAACAGAUGAUCUUACGAACGACGCCGUUUUCAUGGAGCCUUGGCUGAAACGCAAGCGCUCGAAACGCCAGCGUUCUGGCAGCCCUUCCUCCUCGCCGCCUCGUUCUCGCCCUAAAUCUCAAAUUCAGGAUCUUGCGGAGGAAGAGUACCUCGCUCUCUGUCUCCUCAUGCUCGCCAACAACCACCACCAACCCAAGAGGCGGCCGCAAGAAUCCACCACAAAGCUUUCGCACAAGUGCAGCGUUUGCGGGAAAGCGUUUCCUUCGUACCAGGCUUUAGGCGGCCACAAAGCCAGCCACCGAAUAAAGCCUCCAACCACAACCGCCGACGACGAUUCGACACCUCCAACCAUCGCCGUCGCGCAUCCGACUUCCACCGCCAUCGCACCUUCCGGGAAGAUCCACGAGUGUUCCAUCUGCCAUAAAGUGUUUCCGACGGGUCAAGCUCUCGGCGGCCACAAACGCUGUCACUACGAAGGAACCAUCGGAGGCGGCGGAGGAAGCAAAUCGGUUAGCCAGAGUGGAAGCGUGACGAGUACGGUUUCGGAAGAACGAAGCAACCGUGCGUUCAUCGAUUUAAACCUCCCGGCGUUACCGGAGCUCAGCCUUCAUCAUCACAAUCCAGUCGUCGACGAAGAGAUUCAAAGUCCGUUGACCGGUAAAAAGCCGCUUUUGUUGACCGAUCACGACAAAGCCAGCAUCAAGAAAGAAGAUUUCUCCCUAAGAAUCUAAAUAAUUCGUCUGUUAUACUUUUUAGUUUCAUUUUCAUUUGUUUUGCAGAUUUCUUCUUAAUUCUGGGAUUGGAUAUAUUCAUAUAUGUUAGGGAUUUGAUAUAAGAUUUGAUGAAUUAAUUGAUUAAAUCAGUUUUUGGUUUUUAAA